AUGGCUCCUAAAACUUCUGAUUUUAAGUCAUCUACAUACACUCGCUCAACAUCUCUAAUUAAAACUCGUUUUAAUAAGCUUAAAGAUACUGUUGAUGAAUACUAUACCUCAAAGGAACAACUCACCCCUAUUCAAAUAAACCAACUUAAUGCUCAUUUAAAUGAAAUUCGUAAAAGAAAAGAAGAAUUCGACAACAAUGUGCAACGGGUUUUAAUCUUAGAAGAGGAUCCUAUCUCUGACAAGACAUUGUCUCAAGACCUGGAUGAAAUUGAAGGUUUAUUUUCUCAUAUCGAGGCUACUAUUGAGAUCUUAAUGUCCCAUCCUGAACCAUCUGCUAUCUUAAGUGACUCUUCUUCCGAUACUCUUCACCAACUCGCUGACGACGAAGGUGACUACUUUCCCGAGGCAGCGCAAGUACUAAGAACGCAAACCUACGUUGACGACAUCAUCACUGGUGCGGAUACUGAGGAAACGGCCUUGAAACUUCAAGAUCAAUUGGUCAACCUGUUACGAAGAGGAAGAUUUGAAUUACGUAAAUGGGUCUCCAACUCUGAUCGUCUUCUACAAGCUUUCCCCAAGGAGCAUCUUGAGACUCCCGUCUUUCUCCAAGAUUCUGAACAGCCACACUUCACAAUACUUGGCCUACAUUGGUCUCCCCACUCUGACUGCUUCACUUACAACCUUAACUUCCCUAUGGACCCUCAUCCAUCAAAACGUUCGAUCUUGAGCAUCAUAGCAAAAAUCUACGAUCCUUGUGGAUUUCUCGCUCCCUCCAUCAUGCAAGCAAAAUGUUUUAUGCAGUUACUAUGGACCACAGGCUUAUCCUGGGAUGAUCCCCUGCCCACUAAUUUCGCCGAAAAAUGGCAUUCAUUCCUAAUCGAUACUCAAUAUUUAUCUCAAAUUUCUAUUCCUCGAGCGUUACAGUUUUCCCUGUCAUGCACCGUAGAAUUACAUGGCUUCGCAGAUGCGUCAGAGAGUGGCUACGCUGCUGUCGUAUAUUUCCGCUGUCAGAUGUCUAAUGGUGACACCAUCAUUCGUCCAAUAAUCUUAAAGACUUGUGUCUCUCCUCUCAAAAGAGUAACUCUUCCUCGCCUUGAGCUUUGUGCUGCUCAUCUUCUCGCGCAAUUAGUAGCACAUUGUCAUUCUCUCUUCUCAGAUAAAAUUGCCAUCAAAAAUAUCUAUCUAUGGAGUGACUCCUCGAUAGUCUUGGCAUGGUUACGGACUCCACCCUACAAACUCAAGACUUAUGUAGCCAACAGGGUUUCUCAAACUCAAGAACUUGUUCCCAUCGACUCUUGGCGACACAUAUCAAGUACUGAUAAUCCUGCAGACUGUGCGUCACGAGGAAUUUCUGCUUCCCUACUUGUCAACCAUCCGCUCUGGUGGACAGGCCCUCCUUGGCUUAAGCUCCCCACUUGUCAUUGGCCUACCUCGCACUUCAUUCCUGAGGACCUUUCUUCGUCAGAAGAAAUCAAGAAGACACCUUUGGUUGUUCUUACAUCGGCUCCUCAAAAGGAGUGGGAACUUCUUUCUGCCUACUCAUCGUGGAACAAACUCCAACGCAUUGUCGCUCUUCUUAACCGCUUCAUUCACAAUUGUCGUCACCAAAAUGACCGUCUCAGUGGUCCUCUCUCAUCGUCUGAAAUCUCCAAAGCUCGUCUCAAGAUCUUCCAUCAUGUUCCACAAGCCACCUUUGCAGAUGAAAUAGUGUCCCUCCAAAAGAAGCGUGACUGCUCCACCAGACUACAACGUGAAACACCAUUUCUUGACUUUGGUUAA